CCGAGUUUUCGACAGUCGGUAGCACAACCCUAGAAAUGGCUUCCAGCAGUACACAGUCUAGUUCCACAACAGAAUCAGGCGCAACGACAACUACUACUGAUGCUAGCACAACAACUGCACAAUCUACAAGCGCAGUUGAAAGUUCACCCGAAAGCACCACAACUGAAGCCAGUAUGUCUACAUCCGCAGGUACAUCAACAUCUACAAAUACGGAAUCUUCGACAGAGGGCACCACAACAGUAGAAAUGACUUCUACCAGUACACAGGCAAGCUUUACAACAGAAUCAAGCGCAACAACAACUUCUUCUACUGAUGCUGCCACAACAAAUGCACAAUCCACAAACCCAGUAGAGACUACGACUGAAGCCGUCACAGGUGAAGCCAGUACAUCUACAUCCGCAGCGACACCAACAUCUACAAUUCCAGAAACAACUAGCACAACAGUAGAAACCAUGGGGUCGUCGACAGUGAGUAGCACAACUGCUGCAGAAAUCACUUCCACGAGUACACAGUCUAUCUCCACAACAGAAACAGGUGCAACAGCAUCCACAACUGAUGCUAGCACAACCGCUGCUGAAUCUACAAGCGCACUUGAGACUACGACUGAAGGCACCACACCUGAAGCUAGCACAUCUACAACCGCAGCAGCACCAACAUCUACAAUUCAAGACACAACUAGCACAACAGUUGAAACCACGGAGUCCUCAACAGUGGGCGGCACAACUGCAGAAAUGGAUUCCACAAGUACACAGUUUAUCUCCACAACAGAAUCGGGCACAACAACAACCCUAACUGAUGGUAGCACAACAUCGCCUGAAUCUACAAGCACGGUUGAGUCUACAACUGAAACCAUUACAACUGAAACCGGUAUAUCUACAUCCGCACACACGCCAACAUCAACAACUGCAGAGAUGGCUAGCACAACAGUAGAAACUACGGAAUCGUCGACAGUCAGCAUCUCAACUGCUGAACCCACGUCCAUCAGUUCACAGGCUAGCACAGCAACACAGGCAGGCACAACAACCAGUACUGACGCUAGCACCUCAGCUGCAGAUACUUCAAGCACAGCAGAGACUACAUCAGAAUCAAUCACAUCUGAACCCACUACAUCUACUUCUGGAUCCACAACUGCAUCAGCAAUUGUUGAUACAACGACUUCUACUGAAGGCAAGUACAACCGAGUUUUCGACAGUCGGUAGCACAACCCUAGAAAUGGCUUCCAGCAGUACACAGUCUAGUUCCACAACAGAAUCAGGCGCAACGACAACUACUACUGAUGCUAGCACAACAACUGCACAAUCUACAAGCGCAGUUGAAAGUUCAACUGAAAGCACCACAACUGAAGCCAGUAUGUCUACAUCCGCAGGUACAUCAACAUCUACAAAUACGGAAUCUUCGACAGAGGGCACCACAACAGUAGAAAUGACUUCUACCAGUACACAGGCAA